AAUCUUUUUAUUUUCAAAGUGCAAAGAAACAUUUUUUUAUUUAUAAAACCCAGGGAUUUGUCAAAUCUCGAUGUAAUUAACAAUGGAGCAAAGCAGACAGCUAAGACUUAAUAAGAAAUGUCAGUGAUGUCUUCAACUUUGGUGUUUUUUGUUAACGGGAAAAAGGUUGUUGAUAAGUCACCUGAUAGUGAAGCUAAUUUACUACGGUAUCUUCGUAAAAAACUUCACUUAUGUGGAACCAAACUUGGAUGUGCAGAAGGUGGUUGUGGAGCUUGUACUGUGAUGAUAUCAAGAUAUGAUCGAUGUGCUGGCAUUGUUAAGCACUUCUCGGCGAAUGCAUGCUUGAUGCCGGUCUGUGCACUGCAUGGAAUGUGUGUGACAACCGUAGAAGGAAUUGGAAACACCAGAACUCGUUUACAUCCAGUUCAAGAAAGAAUUGCAAAAGCUCAUGGAUCACAAUGUGGAUUUUGUACUCCUGGAUUUGUCAUGUCAAUGUAUGCAUUACUUAGAAAUACUCCAAAACCGGAUAUGAAGGAACUUGAAGUUGCAUUUCAAGGAAAUUUGUGUCGCUGUACUGGAUAUCGUCCAAUCAUUGAAGGAUACAGAACAUUUACUAAGGAAUAUGCAUGUGGAAUGGGAGAUAAGUGCUGUAAAGUCACAGGAAAUGGAUGCAAUGGGGAAGUCGAAGACAAACUUUUUGAACCAAGUGAAUUCGCACCUUACAAUCCAUCACAAGAACCAAUUUUUCCACCAGAAUUAAAACUCACUGAUCAAUAUGAUAAGGAAGUCUUGAAAUUCUCAAAUGAUCGUGGAGUUAUUUGGUAUCGUCCAACAGAAUUGCAGCAAUUGCUAGCAUUCAAAAAGGAACACAAAGAAGCAGCCAAAAUUGUUGUUGGAAAUACUGAAGUUGGUGUUGAAGUCAAGUUUAAACAUUUUGAUUACAAAUAUUUGGUGAAUCCAUCUCAAAUCAAUGCACUGAAUCAAAUCGAUGUCUUACGUGAUGGAAUUAAAAUUGGAUCGGCAGUCACUUUAUCAGACAUUCAAAUUUUUCUUCAGAAACAAAUCAAUGAACUUCCAGAAUCAGAAACCAGAAUAUAUAAAAGCAUUGUUGAGAUGCUUCACUGGUUUGCAGGCAUGCAAGUUCGAAAUGUAGCAUCAAUUGGUGGAAAUAUCAUGACUGGAUCACCAAUUUCUGAUCUUAUUCCAAUUUUGAUGGCUGCAAAUGCGGAAUUAGAAGUUGAGAGCCUUGAUGGAGGACGAAGGAAAGUAAUCAUGGAUGAGAAGUUCUUUACUGGCUAUCGAAGAAACAUUAUUAACAGUUCAGAGGUUCUCAUAUCUGUCUUCAUUCCGAAGACUUCAAAUGAUCAACAUUUUUUGGCAUACAAACAAGCCAAACGUCGAGAUGAUGACAUUGCUAUUGUUAAUGCUGCUAUUAAUAUCAAAUUCGAAGAUAGUGCAAAGAUAAUUAAGGAAGCGAAAUUGGCAUUUGGAGGAAUGGCAUCUACCAUAGUUCUUGCGACAAAAACAGCAGAAGAGAUGAUUAGCAAAGUAUGGAAUCGUGAACUAGUCGAGAUUGUAAAUAAAAGUUUAUUGGAAGAGAUUCAAUUAUCAGCUGAUGCACCCGGCGGUGUUGUGUCUUAUCGUCAAUUACUUAUGUUGAGUUUGUUCUUUAAAGCAUUCCUCAAUAUUAGCAAUGAAUUGGAAAAGUCUAUGGACUUAAAAAUUUUGGAAGAUCGAGAUAGAAGUGGAAUUGAAGGCUUCCACACUUUGACCCCCAAGAGUUCUCAACUGUUUGAGAAAGUAUCAACUGAUAAACCAACCAUAGAUCCAAUUUAUAGACCAACUCCACACAAUUCAGCUUUUAAGCAAGCAACGGGAGAAGCAAUGUAUAUUGACGACAUGCCACGACAUGAUAAUGAACUUUAUAUUGGACUAGUGUUAAGCACAAAAGCUCAUGCGAAAAUUAUUUCAAUUGAUGCUAGUGAAGCAUUAAAGGAACCAGGAAUUCAUGCAUUUUUUUCAGCAAAAGAUUUGACUGAAUCACAAAAUAAAUUCGGUGUAAUAAUUCAGGACGAAGAAGUAUUCAGAAGAGACACUGUGACUAGUCAAGGUCAAACUUUAGGAAUAAUUCUUGGAGACAAUCAAGAAAUAGCGCAAAGAGCUGCAAGAAUGGUAAAAGUUGUGUAUGAAGAUUUGUCACCGAUUCUUGUGACCUUAGAAGAUGCCAUAGCCUGUAAUUCAUAUUAUGAAGGCUUCCCCACAACUCUACAUGAUUGCGGGAAUGUGGACAAAGCAUUCAAAGAAAAUGAAUUUUCUGUAGUAGGUCAAGUUCGUCUUGGUGGACAGGAACAUUUCUAUUUAGAAACACAAGUAGCUCUAGCAAUUCCAAAAGAUUCAGAUGAAAUUGAAGUUUACACUGCAACACAAGAACCAACAGCAAUUCAGCAAAGAAUUGCAAAUCUUCUUGAAAUUCCUCAACACAAAAUUGUUUGUAGAGUCAAAAGGAUUGGAGGCGGUUUUGGAGGUAAACAAAGCCGUGCCUCACUUGCAGCAUUGCCAGCAGCUUUUGCCGCAUUCAAACUAAAGCAACCAGUCAGAAUAAUGUUUGAUCGCGAUGAAGACAUGAUGAUGACAGGUGGAAGGAAUCCCUUCUUAUUUAAAUAUAAAGUUUCAUUCACAAGUGAAGGAAUUUUAACAGCCCUUGAUGUCCAAUGCUAUGUAAAUGCCGGAUAUUCAUUGGAAGCAUCGCCAGGUGUUGUUGAGAAAGCUGCCUGUCACGUAAAUAGCGCAUAUCGAAUUUCAAAUGUCCGAUUUGUGAGUCAUGUUAUGAAGACAAACACACCAUCAAACAACGCCUUUCGUGGCUUUGGAAUUCCGGAAGGUCAAAUGGUUGCUGAGCAUAUCAUAAGAGACGUCGCAAAUGCUUUAAAAAAAGAUUAUAUGGAUAUUAUGGCAAUCAAUAUGUUAAAAACUGGAGAUAAAAUAUUUUAUAAUCAACUUCUGGAAGACUGCAACUCAUCCAGAUGUUAUGAGGAAGUACAAAAGAUGUCAAAUUUCCGAAACAGACGACAGGAAAUUAAAAUGUUUAAUGAAAACAAUCGAUGGAAGAAACGAGGAAUCAGCUGUGUGAAUGUGAUGUGCGGUAUAAAUUAUAUGAAAAUAUUUAUGAAUCAAGGUGGAGUUUUGGUUCACAUUUAUUUGGAUGGGAGCGUUCUUUUAUCGCAUGGAUUUAUUGAAAUGGGUCAAGGUAUCAAUACGAAGCUUCUACAAAUUGCUUCUAGAGCUUUUAAAAUUCCGAUUGAAAAAAUUCACAUUCAGGAAACGUCAACUGAUAAAGUUCCAAAUACAUCGACAGCUGGUGCUUCUGUCGGUUCUGAUUUAUUUGGAGCAGCAACUUUAGAAGCUUGUAGAAUAUUAAAUGAACGACUUAAAGCUUACUGUGAGUCAAUGCCAGAAGGAAAUUGGAAUGACUGGAUUCGAGCUGCUUAUUUUGAUCGAGUUUCUUUAUCAGCUACUGGGUUCUUUGCAACACCAGAUAUUGGAGAUGAUGUUAAUAAGCCUAAGAAUUAUUACACUCAUGGAGCUGCUAUAUCUGAAGUUGAAAUCGACUGCUUGACUGGUGAUCAUCAAGUCAUUAGAACUGAUAUUGUUAUGGACGUUGGAUCAUCACUAAAUCCAGCAAUUGAUAUUGGACAAAUUGAAGGUGCAUUCAUGCAGGGAUAUGGAUUAUUUACACUUGAGGAACUAAUUUACUCACCAGAUGGAACACUCUACUCGAGAGGACCAGGAAUGUACAAAAUCCCUACCAUUGGUGACAUUCCAGGAGAAUUCAAUGUCUCAUUGCUUACUGGUGCUUCGAAUCCUCGAGCUGUUUACUCUUCAAGAGCCGUCGGUGAGCCACCAAUAUUUUUAGCUUCUUCAGUAUUUUUCGCAAUUAAGGAAGCAGUUGGAGCUGCAAGGAAGGAAGAAAAUUUGGAAACGCAUUUUUAUCUCCAAGCUCCAGCUACAUCAGCAAGAAUCAGAAUGGCAUGCAAAGAUGAGAUUGCCAGAAAGUUCAUUGAACCUGAAAAUCAGUCAAUUAAACCAUAGAACGUAAACUUAUAAGUUUUUAUAAUUUUUUUUAAACAUUUACUUGAUAACGUCAUUAAAAGCUUCAACCAAACAC